GUCUUUGCUUGGUUAUUGUGUGAGGAAGAAGUUCGCAUGAAGCGUCUUUGUUUUCCUUUGAGAGGAGACCACAACCUGCUGACCCCCGAAACACAUUCAUUGUCGGGGGUAAGUCUCAGAGAACAAGUGACGUCUGAGGGCAGGGCCUCGCUGUCAGGACACUUGAAUGAAUUGUCCACCAGAUGGCAGUCAUCAGCAUCUCCAACUCGCCGUCUACGGUUUGAGGAUGAGACAGAAACAGAGGCGGAGUCUCGUUACCUGGAGCGACAUCAUCAAAGAAAAGGGGUUGGGCCGCCAGGGACUGGUGUCCUAGUGUCCAAACUGGACCUAAACCAGUGCAUUAACAUCCCAUUAGGGCACAGGGGGGAUCAGCAGCAGAGAGGCAGAACAUUGAUGAGGGCGGCGCAUCCCAUUGAAUCAGGAAGGGUAAUGUUUGGAGGCAGAGCCCAGCUGGACCUGCGCCUCCCCCAGCAUGCAAAUGUAAAUGAGGUUAUGGGGAGUGGCCUUUACAAGCCCUGUCUCCACGUGCGGACAGAGUUGCUUAAAGAAUCCUACAUUGGCUGUACCACACCUGCUGACUCAAGUGAAGGAGAGGGUUGGGAUGUAAGCAAGCAAGGGAGAUCCAAUAUGACAGGAAUAAAUGGAAACCAGCUUACCACUUCACAAGCCCCACCCACUCCCAAAAUACCUAUUAACCCUUACCCCACUUACCCAUUGGGGUCAUUCCCUCAGCCAUCUACUACCCAGCAGCAUACCCAUAAAUGUCCCUGUUCUGAAACCCCCCUCACUGUGACAUCACUGAUGAUGUCAGAGAAUGGACAGCUUAACAACACUAUGACUGGAAAGGAUGUAAACCAGAACCAGGAAGAGCAGCAGAACCCCUCAGUCACUGAGCAUUAUCGAGAACCUCAAUCUAGGUCAGAACUAUGGAAGAGGAGGCCCUGCUCUUCCUCAGCGGAGGACAAAGCCUUGUCCACAUCAGGCAGCUCUGAUGGACACCUCAGACAUCCAGUCAGAGAGGAGCUCCACAGUGCUGCUUCACUUCCUGAAAGGUUCAGUAGAGAUGGACCCUCUCGUCUGUCCCUGCGUCGCCUUUUCUCCUCUGUCAAACUGAAAACGACUCGUACUGGCAGCCUCAACCGGCUAGCAACAAAGCCUCAUCUCCCUGUUCCUGACCAUGCUCACAAUGAUGGGAGGACCUCCUGCAGCCUGUUAAAAAAAUCUCCAUCUGCUCAAUCUCUCUGUGUGGGGGUGAUAGAGUUGCAGAUGAAGAAGUCAUCAUUGGUGCAGAAUUUUGGUUCUGAGAAGAAGAGCAAGAGCUGCUGUGCAGACAACAGACCUGCUGAUGAGCAGUUCCUUCCUCAGUGUCUGAGCAAAGAGGACAUAAGCCAGCCCUGCUCAGUGAGAGCUGUCGGUCAGGUUGUUCAGGUCUGUUCUGAUGGAACCGUUCUGUUGGAACUCAGCCGACCAUCAGAUCAGAGGUUUGGAUUCAGCAUUAGCCGGAAAAAAGGUCGAACAGACUCUGGUAAAGAGCCACAGGACACAGUAAAAGUAUUCACACACCUAUAACUUUUUCCCAUUUUGUUCCAUUCAAACUUCAACCUUCAACAAAUGUUAGGAUUUUAGGUGACAGACCAAGACAAAGUCGUGCAUCGUUGUGAAGUGGAAGGAAAAUGGUUUAUUUUCUAUAUUCUUUAUAUAGAAAAGGUCUGAAAGGUGUGGCAUGCAUUCGUCUUCUGCCCCUUACUCUGAAACCCCUAAAUUAAACGCAGUGCCUUCAGACAGCCCCAUGUACUAAACAGAUUCCAGUGUAUAAUGUGUGUUAUUUAGAGUCUGCAGCAAAGCGCAAAUUCACAACACAUGUCGUCUCAAGGCUCUUCACAACAGUCAAGUUCAUACAUUCCAAUUAAUCCUAACAAUUGAACAGUUCAGUCAGAUUCAGUUAUUUAUUCAAAUUGGAUAAAAAGU